AUGGUAAAGAAUGGAUUACUCAAUCAAGCAGAUUAAUUAUUUUAAGAAUUAGUUGAAUCUACAAUCAAACCAGAUAUCAUUACUUUUAGUACUUUAUUAAAAGUACAUUAUAGAAGAAAUAAUAUGAAAAGAAUCAAUGAAAUAGUAUAAAUUAUGAUAAAUUUUAAAAUUAAUCGUGAUGAAUCUUUAUUUUAAUUGAUUUUUGAAUACUAUCUCAAUCAAUAGUAAUAUCAUAUAGGAAUUAUAAUAUUUGAUCAGUUUUGUCAUCAAAUUCCUUAAUUCAGUCAACUAUUAUUAAUAAAUAUCCGAUUACAUAGUUUAUAUGAAAUUAGUUUAGACAAUACCAUUAUUAAAUAGAUUACAUCAAUUAAUGGUUGAGAAUAGAAUUUAACACUUAUCUANAUGUUUAUUUUGGUUUUGGUUAUAAAGGUAUUGCAGAUCCAGUUAAAUGUUAUUCUGAAAUUGAGGAUGCUGCAAGAGAGGAGAUAAUGAAAAAUGGAGGAUCCAUUUCUCAUCAUCAUGGUAAAUAAUUUAAAUUCAUUUAUUUUAGGUGUUGGUAAGCUCAGGAAAUAAUUUAUGUAAAGAUAAAUUGGAGAUACUGGAAUAGAAAUAUUAAAAAAGAUUAAAUAAUAGAUAGAUCCCAAGAAUAUAUUUGGAAAUUAGAAUUUGAUAUGA